AUGGCUGAGCAUUUAAAUGAGGAGACAAAACAAAAAUACGUCAAAGAUAAGAAGCUUGGUGAAGGAACCUACGCUGUCGUCUUUCUUGGGCACCUUCGAGCAGAUCCCAAGUCUCUGGUUGCUAUCAAAAAGAUCAAAGUCAAUACCGAAUACCGAGAUGGACUAUCUAUGGACGCUAUCCGCGAAGUCAAAUACCUCCAAGAGCUGUCACAUCCGAACAUCAUUGCUCUGCACUCCGUGUUUUCCUCCAAACAUAAAAAUCUAAAUCUAGUACUCGAAUUCCUCCCGCUUGGAGACCUUGAGAUGUUGAUCAGGGAUGUCGAUGGAGUGCGCUAUGGUACGGCUGAUGUGAAGGCUUGGAUGGGCAUGUUGGGACGAGCAGUGUGGUUCUGUCACGAGAACUUUGUUCUACAUCGCGAUAUCAAGCCAAACAACUUGCUGAUUGCAGCGGAUGGGGAGAUAAAACUCGCUGAUUUUGGUCUUGCCCGGUCGUUUUCAGAUCCGUAUCGCGUCAUGACCCAUCAGGUCAUCACAAGAUGGUACCGUCCCCCAGAGUUGCUCUACGGAGCUAGAUACUACUCAGGCGCAGUCGAUGUUUGGUCUAUGGGUUUGGUUUUCGCAGAAUUGCUGUUACGGACUCCGUUCCUGCCUGGCAACACUGAUCUCCAUCAGAUGGAACUGAUAUGUCAGGCGAUCGGCACGCCCACGGAAGAAAAUUGGCCCGGGGUUACGAAGCUUCCGGAUUAUGUCGCCGGUCCGCCGCAGCCGGUCAGAGGCCGUGACUUCUACCUGGCAACAUUCGGCACUGCAGGACCCAUUGGUGUUGACCUACUGAUGGCCAUGCUAGCACUUGAUCCCCGCAAACGGAUAACAGCCCGUGAUGUGUUAAGGCAUCAAUGGUGGACAAGUGAUCCAAGGCCGACCAGGAAAGCCGAUCUUCCUCGAAAAGCUGGUGGUGCAGAGAAGAUGGGAGAGGAUCUGAAGAGACGAGGUGGGGAGCUCGACGAAGAGCGACUCGGACAGGUUUCGCGCCGGCUCGAUUUCUCUUCCAUGAAGUGA